CUUAAUGUAUUAAUGUUUGCAGAUUUAAGAAAGGGUGGUCCAAAUUAUGGAAAAAACCUUUAUCCAGAAAACCCCAGGUCCCAUGUACUGACACAGUCUUACCUCACCAUACACACUAUUACACAGUUGCAGCCUUUUCCCCAAAAAGAGAUGUAUCUGGGGGUGGGGGUGCUAUUGUACAUUUUUUACUUCCUCGCUCCAUACAAUGGUUGCUCUGUGGGGCCCAGCAGGGGGGCUCACUCCUGUCUGCAACUCCCUAAAAGGCAGAAUUUCCUAUACAGGUUACUGCAAGUCAAGGCAAUGGUCACUUGAAGGGUUAAAGCCACAUUUUCCCAUCCAAGAAGACUGCAGCAGCUUUCUGUUCUUUGUGACACCAAGUCAAGAAAAAGUCCAGAGGAAAGUCUGAGGUUUUCCAUUUCUUCUUGUGCUACAGGAGGAAAGGUUAUAGGACCAGAGCAGUUUCAUUGAGCGGAAUAACAUCUCUUUUAUGCACAUCUGUCUCACUGGGCGGUAUUUAAAAAUGCAGAGACUCUGGCAAUUAUGAUUUACUGGCAGACAGCUCAGUCAUUUCAGUGCACAAGGAGAGAAAAGAGCCUCUACAGAAAAGCAUUGAUGUGAAUGUGCUUCCCAGCAGCGGAGGGGAAUACACAUAGGAUUUUCAUGGCUGGCUGCAAGGAACAUGGACGGCCAUUCCACAUUUAAUCAGGGAAAUAACACUGGGGGAAUAAAUCUGUAGAGAAGAUAUUCAAUGUGCUUGGCAAUGGGUAUGAAUCUGAGAUGGGCAAACUGCAUCCAGUGCUUUGAUAAGAAUACCUGUGCAGCAGUAAAGCAGUACCCUUACAGCAAUUGUACUACUCCCCUGAAAACUUAAGAAGAAAGAAUCGGACAUGCCGAACAAGUACGACUAUGAGAGAGGAAGCAUUUUUACCUCCUCACUGAAGAUGCACAGGCAGAACAGCACAGGCAAAAAAACCAAGAAAAUCAAAAACUUUCGCUCCCUGUCAAAAUCUCUGAUUCUCUGCAAUGCCAAAAAUAGUGAUGAUGGGUCAAGCCUGGAAGAAAAAUACACAGAGAUCACCGACACGCCACACUCUAUUGUACGGGAUUGUGACUCACUGACAGCUGAUACGUUACAAAUUUCUAGCAUGAUCCCUGACCCCAUGAUCAGAAAAAUCAUUGUGUCAAAAGCGGCGUCAGUUGAUCCAACUCCAAGCAAACCCUCUCUUAUGGAGCCAAAUUAUUUUCUCGAAUAUCAAACAGAAGUUGAUAAUCCUUGUCCUCUGAAAAUGAAGGCUAGAUGUACCAGGACAAGAAGCAAUUCAACAAGUGUCAAUCCUUAUUGGAUUGGUGAAAUUGAUCCUCAGCUCACCAAGAGACCAACACACUGCCGAGAGAGACACUCAGCAAACCUCUACAGCAACCGGAAAUCAAUGUCUCAACAGCUAGACUCUUUAUCAGGUGGAGUGCAGGGUGUUUCCCGACCAUCAAGAUCUCUGAGUACAGCACAGCUAAUAAACACAAGAAGUCUUCAAGCAUCUAUGAUUUCCAACAUCAUCUUAAUGAAAGGACAGGGAAAGGGUUUGGGAUUCAGUAUUGUUGGAGGAAAGGACAGUAUUUAUGGGCCGGUUGGCAUCUAUGUGAAGACAAUUUUUCCAGAAGGAGCAGCAGCGGCUGAUGGGAGAUUACAAGAAGGGGAUGAAAUUCUGGAACUCAAUGGCGAGUCCAUGUAUGGGCUAACACAUAAUAAUGCUCUGCAAAAGUUUAAGCAAGUGAAGAAAGGCGUGCUCACUCUGACAGUUCGCACAGGACUUGGCGCUUUAGAAGAAAAGCCUGGCUACUUUGCCUCCCAGAUGUUUCGCUCCAAAAGCUCCAGUUGUUGUGUAGCCAGAGAGCAUAGUCCAUUACAGUCGGAAAGCCAUGCAUUCUUAUUAAGCUCCCACAACCCCAAUGACAGAGUGCUGAUGGAAGUGACAAUGCACAAAGAGUCGGGUGUUGGCUUGGGGAUAGGACUGUGCAGUGUUCCAAACUGCGGGGGAAUUUCCAGCAUAUUCAUUCAUUCACUCUCUCCUGGCUCUGUGGCUCAUAUGGAUGGAAGACUCAGAGCUGGUGAUGAGAUUGUGGAGAUAAAUGAGAGUGUUGUCAGUAAUAAAUCUUUAAAUGAGGUGUAUGCACUUUUAAGCCACUGCCCAUCUGGUCCUGUCACUAUCCUUAUUAGCAGGCAUCCGGAUCCACAGAUCUCUGAACAGCAGCUGAAAAAUGCUGUAUCACAGGCUGUGGAAAAUAGCAGAUGUGAAAAGGAUCCUCACCCUUGGAGCUAUGAAGGUGAGAGAAAGUUCUUUUCUUGCUUCCAUGGCAAAUACCAGUGUGAAAGCUGCAUAGGAAAGCAUGCUUCUUAUCUGUAUAACAGUCGUAGAGAGCAGAAGCAAAUGGUCCGCUCCAGCAGUGAAGGAAACGAUGGUCCUACAUCCCUAGGUCCCAACAUGAACUCCUACCAGUCACAUGUUCUGGCAAGUAGGGUGCAUAGUGUCAAUGUCCCUCUUGGAACACAGACAACUAUACUGCAUUAUUCUACUCCAGUUAGGGUGGAAAACCAUUCCCCUGUUAACCCUGAAGGACUAAGCGGGUCUCAGGUAUCCUGCAAGAAAUCCAUUGGCCAUUCUGGAGAGAUCCUUGUGAAAAAACUAACAACAAAACCAAUUCCACCACCUAGAAAGUAUUAUAAAGAAGACCUAAGGGAGGAUGUAAAUCACAAUCAAGAAAAUGGACAAUCUGUGGAUGAAACAGGAAACUUACAGCUAAAGGGAAACCAGCAAAUUACAGGCGAGAGCAUAUUAGACACAUCUUCAUCAACCAGCGAGUGCUCAUACACUAGCGCUGCUGAGCCAGAAAAGCACUCGGACACAGGAAAUCCUGUAUCAAACCACCGACCACUGCUAAGAAGACAGGCACGUGUUGACUACAGCUUUGACACAACAAGUGAAGAUCCGUGGGUCAGAAUCUCCGAUUGCAUCAAAAACUUGUUCAGCCCCCUCAUAAACGAAGGCCACAACCUAAUAGAUCUAGAAAGUAGCAUCCGUUCAACAGGUGGCAAUACAGAGAGACUUAGGCGAGAUUCUGCAUGCGAGGAUUCUCAAAUUUGCAGCUCUCAAGAUAUGAGUAACUUCAAGAAAGGUCCACCAGUUGCUCCCAAGCCAACCUGGUUCCGGCAGAGUCUGAAGGGAUAUAGGAAUGUAGAUAAGAAGCCAACUGAUGGCACAUCUCUGGAUAAAUACAAAGAGAUUCAUAACAACAUUAAACCACAAACUUCAAGUCGGACAUCAUCGAUUAAACAAAAGAUAAAUUCCUUUGAAACAUUUAGCACACCAUCACCAACUGGAAAAAUAAGCGACAGAGGGAAUGUUACAUCUUCAGCACUGAAUGACAAGUCCUUUAACAAACAAGAAGUAGAAAGUGUGACAGUCUGUUUGAACAAUGUGACCGUGAGCACAGCUGAAAUUCAGGUUACUGAAGUUAUACAGCCUCCUGUGGCUAUUCCAAAGUCUCCUGAAAAAGAAGAACCGGAAGUGUCUCAGUCACCACCAAAACCCUGUUUCCAGGGCAUGCGAAGGAGUAGCAGUACUAGUAAUGACCCUCAGUUUCAUUAUUCCGAGCUCAAUGAACAAGUACCAUACAAGAUACCGAGCCACAGAUCUAGGAGCUUUCCUCUGAGUGCCUCCACACCCUCUGAUGCAUUGAAGAUAAAUGAAAACUCUAGCAAGAUCUAUUCCAUCAGCAACCAGGUCUCCUCUGCUUUAAUGAAGUCCUUGCUGUGUUUCCCUCAGUCUCCGAAGCUACAAGUCUCUUAUCCCUGGCAGAAUGAAUCUUACCCUGUAGAUGAGAUCUCAUCCAGCCCUAAGACUGAAAGUUACCAUUUGGACACUGGAUUUUCUGUAAACUUGUCUGAAUUAAGAGAGUUCGGAGCAGGACAAUCAGAAAAGGAGAAGGAGGAGGAUGUCCAAGAACCGUCACUUGCAUUGGCUUCAGUGCCUGCUGGUCAGUCUGUCAUAUCUCUGCUUCUCAGAGAAGAAUUAACUGCACUGAUAGAGGAAGUCAAAGAGCUAGAUGAAGAAACCCUGAAGCAAUUUGAUGACAUCCACGUUGUAGUCUUGCAUAAGGAAGAGGGUACUGGCCUUGGAUUCAGUCUUGCGGGAGGACUUGAUUUGGAGAACAAAGCUAUAACCGUGCACAGAGUUUUCCCCAGUGGGCUGACUGCUCAAGAAGGAACAAUCCAGAAAGGAGAUAAAGUUCUAUCCAUCAAUGGAAAGUCAUUAAAGGGAGUUACACACAAUGAUGCUCUUGCCAUUUUGCGCCAGGCACGCCACCCUAAACAAGCUGUUAUUGUCAUAAAGAAAGAGAAAGAUGGAGAGCAAACACCAGAAUCCCUAGACUCGGCAUUCUCUGCUUUAACUGAUGACUCAACAGCAGCAAAUUGUGAUGACACUGGGGAUAUCAUUGUCGUUACUCUUGAAAAAUCCUUGGCUGGACUUGGAUUCAGUUUGGAUGGGGGGAAAGGCUCUGUACAGGGAGACAGACCUGUCAUCAUUAACAGGAUUUUUAAAGGUGUCUCAGAAAAGAAUAAUGCAGUGCAGUAUGGAGAUGAACUACUGCAGCUGGGGAACAUCAGUUUGCAAGGUCUCACACGGUUUGAAGCAUGGAAUUCCAUUAAGUCUUUACCAAAUGGACUUGUCCAAGCUGUCAUCAGGAGAAAAAGCACUGACUCCACUGUAAACCAAUAGAACAAUAUGAUAAUGGAGGGUGCUUGAGUCUCAGAACUAGCAUGCAGCCAUGACGGAGCUUUAGCACAUCUUGCCCUGGAUGGGAUCAGAUUGCUCAGUGGCAAAUCAUCUUCUUGGUAUCCCUAAGGGAAUAUUUUAUUGGGCAAAUGUAAUGGAGGUUGGAAGCUCCUGAACUUGCAAAGUGGUCAACAUGUUUUUGGGCAAGACUGGUACUCUAGCACAGUUUAUUGGGUUGUCUUGCCAUGGAUACCAAACACACACACAGAUUCACACAGAAAUAGAGACACACACACAAAGGAAAUAAUCUCAAACUGGCACUUGCAAUACAUUAACAUAAAGCAAUUCUACUUAUUUUUCUGCAUUUUCAUGCUUCUGUCACUGGUACUUGUAGAUCACACAAUGUAAAAACUAAAGGAUUAAUCAUUUAUAACCUUACGGGGGCCACUUAUUAAUAAUUCUGGCCAUUUAAUUAGUUCCAAAACAAAUGGUUAUUAUGAAUAAUUAUUAUAUUCAUAUUAAUUGAUAUGAACACCUUUCACACUAAUGUCCUUAAUGGCCUAACCAGACAAAUCACUAGAUUGGAAACAAUGCGCUGAUGGGCAACUAGCAAUCAUACUUGAAUUACAACUCCAAAGGCUGCCAGUGGGAUGAAGGGAAUUAGUUUGACAUCUAGAGGGUUUAACAUUGGACAACCCUGCUAAACAGACUUUCUAUUAUAGUAGCCUGCACACACUUACUGCAUUUUGCACCCCCUAACCCGAGAUCUUGAUGGAGUUGCAAGGAAAAUGCAUUGAAAUGGGAGCAGAUUUAAAAAUCGAAUGCAAUUUUAGCAGUUUGUCUUCUAUACUAGCUCAAUAAUAAGGUAUGCAUACAGACACAUUUUUAUUCAUAUCAAUCCCCGUGUGCCUUUUGUCUCAUUGUCAGAUUUAAGAUUAGGGAUUGCCAAUCCAUGGUUUCACUGUUGGUGAGCUAAAGCUACUAUCACUUUUAUCCUUUUCUAUUGAAAGGUUCUAAUUAAGUCAAUAAACCUUCAUUGCACUAGGCUGGCCCAGUCAAAAUCAACAAUAGGCUCAUGUCAUAUUCUGCUGCCACUUUUUCAGCUGGUUGUAAAGCUCCUGGACCCAUCCUGUUGCCUGUCAUUUGCUUUAAUGAGAACCACCAGACAAGCUGCAUGGUUCAGGUGCUUCUAAGUAUGCUGAAAAGUGCCAAAACGUACCACGUGUGCCAUGAGCUUGGUUCCCUUAUAUGAAAACGAUCCAAAACUAUGCAAUACUUGCUUUAUUGGCAUUUUUGUAUAUAUCUUAUUUUUUGCCUGUGUGCCAUGAGUGUAAAUAGCUAUUUUUUUAAAAUGCUAAUAAAUGACUUUUGAUGCAGA